CUGCAAAAGAAAAGAUGGCUUUAAAACCAUCAAAGGUUCCUUUUAAAACUAAAAGCAGCAGUUUUGCCACUUCUGUUGCUGUGGUUUCUAAACAGACCAGUGACAAACAGGUCCAGUUUAACCAUGAGGUUACAAAGCUGGUUCGAGCUCGAUGCUUAUUUUGUGAUGGAAACCAUUGCAUGGAAAAAUGCGACUCAUUUAAGCAGAAAGCCAACAAAGAAAAGGUGACAUUCCUUAAAAGUAAAGGUUUAUGCUUUGGUUGCUUACAGAAGGGACAUAUGAGUAAGACCUGUCCACAACGUCUAACAUGCCUCACCUGUAAUAAAAGUCACCCUACUGUUCUGCAUAUUAAACCAACAGAGCAGCAGUACCAAGCAUUUAAGGCUGAGAGUAAAGAGUCACCAAUCUCAAAUGCUCUUGUAUCUUUGAAUGUUGGUAGCUACACUGGGGCCGGGUCUAAUGAGUGUGUUCUGUCAGUCGUCCCAGUAAAAGUAAAGUUGGAAAAGGGGACAAAGAUUGUGGAGACUUAUGCCUUUCUAGAUCCAGGCAGCUCUGCAACAUUUUGUACAGAGGCUUUGAUGAUGCAGUUAAAUGCAUCUGGAAAGAAAGUGGAAAUCAUGCUAAAAACCAUGGGUCAGGAAAAACCUGCAAGUAGCUAUAGAUUAUCUGGUUUGGAAGUAGCUGCUUUAAAAGAAAAUGAGUACUUGAAGUUGCCUGAUGUUUAUACUCAACAGUCCAUUCCUGUCACUAAAGAAAACAUCCCUAAAGAAGAAGACUUAAGAAAAUGGUCUUAUUUGAAAGUUGUUGAGUUGACACCAAUAGAUGCUGGCAUUGGGCUGCUCAUUGGUGUAAAUUCUCCCAAAGCAUUGGAACCUUGGAAAGUAGUUAACAGUGAAGGUAGUGGGCCUUAUGCUGUGCUAACACGCCUUGGUUGGGUUGUUAAUGGUCCACUCAAUCAGGGUAGUGAAGGAAAUCGACAUGUUGCUAAUUCUAUUCAGGUGAACCGUAUCUCAAUAAGCAGUUUGGAAGAAAUGCUGGUCAGUCAGUAUAAUCAGGAUUUUAUAGAGCACAAGUGCAAUGAGCGAACUGAAAUGUCUGUAGAAGACAAACAGUUCAUGGAUAUCAUGUCAGAGUCAGCGGUGCUUAAAGAUGGUCAUUAUCACCUGAAGUUACCCUUUCGUAAUGCUGAAGUAAAAAUGCCCAACAACAAACAGGUGGCCCAGCAGAGGGCGCAAUGUCUGUUAAAACGAUUUCAGAAGGAUAAGUUAUUCUUUGAAGAGUACAAAGAAUUUAUGCAUAAUGUUAGUGUGGAAGGACAUUCAGAAAUCGUACCACAAGAUCAAAUGGAACAUGAGGAAGGAAAGGUGUGGUACGUACCUCAUCAUGGGGUCUACCACCCCCGUAAGAAAACACUGCGGGUUGUUUAUGAUUGUGCUGCAAUGUUUGCUGGAACAUCACUGAACAAAGAGCUGUUACAGGGACCAGAUUUGACUAGCACCUUAUUAGGUGUACUCAUUCGUUUUCGGCAAGGUCCAAUAGCCCUCAUGACGGACAUUAAAGGGAUGUUCCACCAAGUCAAAGUUGCUCAGGAACAUGUAAAUUACUUACGUUUUCUCUGGUGGCCCCACGGUGACAUCACAAAAGAGCUUGUUGAACAUAGAAUGUUGGUCCAUAUUUUUGGUGCAGUCUCUUCCCCUAGUUGUGCCACAUAUGCACUUUUAAAGACUGCUGAUGACAACCAACAUCUGUACCCAGAAGAGGUUAUUAAUACAAUCAGACACAGCUUCUAUGUAGAUGACUGUCUCAGGUCUGUACAGACAGUUGAGCAGGCCAUUUCUCUUUAUCAACAGCUCACUGAGGUGUGUGCCAAGGGGGGAUUUAGGCUCAAUAAAUGGGUGUGUAGUGAGCGCUCUGUCCUCUCGCAGAUCCCUGAGGAAAACAGAGCAACAGGUGUAAGGAUGCUAGAUCUUAGCCGGGACCAGCUUCCCACUGAAAGAGCCCUGGGGGUACAAUGGGAUGUUGACCAAGAUGUUUUCACCUUUAGCAUUGUAAACAAGCACAAACCACUAACAAGACGUGGUAUUUUGUCCAUUGUCAGCUCUAUUUAUGACCCUUUGGGUUUCUUAGCUCCAGUUAUUCUCCCUGCUAAACAGAUUCUUCAACAUUUAUGUAAACUGAAGUUUGGCUGGGAUGAGACAAUUCCACCAGAAAUGGCACAAGUUUGGAAAAAAUGGAUCAAAGAUUUAGUUCUUCUUGACAACUUUAGUGUCAGACGAUGCAUCACACCCAAAAGAUUUGGGGAAAUAAGAAGUGCACAACUGCAUCACUUUUGUGAUGCCAGUGAAACUGGGUUUGGUGCCGUGUCUUAUCUUAGGCUAACUAAUAGCAAACAGGAAGUGUGCGUUACCUUUGUUAUUGGUAAAGCAAGGGUAGUACCAUUAAAACAAAUCACUAUACCACGACUUGAACUUGCUGCUGCAGUUUUAGCUGUAUGUCUGGACAAAAUGCUGUUAGUUCAACUUGGACUCAAUCUGAGUGAAUCAGUCUUUUGGUCUGAUAGCACAACCGUCCUGCAGUACAUUGCAAACACAACAACACGGUUCAAAACUUAUGUAGCUAAUAGAGUUUCCACCAUUCGUGAUCUUACAAAGGUUACUCAGUGGAGAUACAUCAGCUCAAAGUUGAAUCCAGCUGAUGCAGCCUCUCGAGGCAUGAAGGUUGGCUCUUUUUUAAAGUCUUCCACCUGGAUCAGUGGGCCAGAAUUCCUCACAAAACCUGAGAUCCAAUGGCCAGCAGUGAUUAAAGAAUUACCUGUCCAUUUGGAAGCUGAUCCAGAGGUUAAAGAUCAAGUCCUGACAUGUGCAGCUGUGCUGGAAGAAGUGUGUCCCACCACCAAGCUGCUAAUGUACUUUUCCAGUUGGACAAAGCUAAAAAGAUGUGUAGCAUGGCUCCUGAAACUAAAAGAAAUGCUACAAACAAAGAAGUUGCUAACUGCACACUGUGGAAAUCAAAUGUGUGAUAAACAGGACAAUAAAACAGAUGUUCAGCUCACUACUGAUGAUCUGUCCAAGGCAGAGGAAGCCAUAGUGAGAGUUGUGCAGAGAAAACAUUAUGGCAAUGAAAUGGCUGCUCUGAGCUCUGGUGCAGUGAAAAAGUCAAGUCAUCUGUACAAGCUUGAUCCUGUUGUUAAUGAUGGUGUGUUGAGAGUGGGAGGCAGACUGAGCAAAGCAGCCUUACCUGAAGAAACAAAACAUCCUGCAAUAUUGCCUAAAGGAAGUCAUGUUUCAAAGCUCAUUCUUCAACAUAUCCAUGAAAAGGUUGGACACAGAGGAAGAAAUCACAUGCUUUCUACCCUUCGACGACAGUACUGGAUCCCUCAUGCUAAUUCAGCAGCCAGAAAGAUCAUCAGAGACUGUAUGGUGUGUCAAAGGCAACGACAAAAGCCAGUUCACCUUGAGGUGGCACAUUCUCUUGAUACAGAUUCCUGCAUAAACGCCAUCAGGAGAUUAAUCUGCCGCAGAGGACAAGUCAAGGAAAUCCGGUCGGACAACGGAACCAACUUUGUCAGCUCAAAUCGUGAGUUGAAGCAAGCCAUGUUAGAGCUAAAGCAAAGUAAAAUCCAAAAAUGCUUAGCACAAGAUGGCAUAAAGUGGACUUUUAACCCUCCUUAUGGAGCCCAUCAUGGUGGUGUAUGGGAGCGCCUGGUGCAGGAAAUAAAGAAAAUACUGUGCUCCAUCACAAACCAGCAAGUACUAGAUGAUGAAGGCUUGCACACAGUUUUAUGUGAAGUGGAGGCUAUAUUAAAUGAUCGCCCGAUUACACCUUCUUCUGAAGAUCCCAAUGAUUUAGAGGCUCUUACUCCAAAUCAUUUGCUCCAGUUAAAAGGUAAGCCUGUGCUACCACCAGGUUUGUUCAAAAAGGAGGACCUGUACACGCGGAGACGUUGGAGGCAAGCCCAAUACAUUGUGGACCUGUUCUGGAAACGGUGGGUGAAAGAAUAUCUCCCUAUGUUGCAAGAGCGACGGAAAUGGAACAAGACUCGCAGGAACUUUGCCAUUGAUGAUGUGGUGCUUGUUGUUGACGAGGCUGCACCAAGAAAUUCUUGGCCUAUUGGACGCAUCACAGAAACCAUGGCAGAUGCAAGUGGAUUGGUUCGACAUGUGCGAGUCAAGACGAGAACAAAUGAGCUGGAGAAGCCGAUCAACAAGAUAUGUCUCCUGCUGGAGGCUGUGUAGAGACGACAGCAAAUGUUUGUCUCCAACUGAGCUAAGUUCUGGAACCUCUGGCUCUACAUUUACACUGAUACUCAUUUACUGACAUGCUGAACAUCUCAUUCUACUACCUACACUUUUAUACACACACAGACCAUGCACAUGGACAAUAGAAGAACGUGGAAGUCAUGGAACAUUGACUGUUUUUACCUUUUUUAAUUUUUUC